AUGGAUCAGCUGCCGAUUAGAAAGCGAACCGAGACAUCAGAAUCAGUUAGGAGGUUAGCAAUUGAAUUAUAUCAGACACGAAUCUCAGUGCAAGAAAUAGCGCGGCGUUUAAAUUGCCAUAGAACAACUGUAUAUAGAUGGCUGAAGAGAUAUGACGAAUUAGGCCUAGCAGGACUAGAAAAUCAAAGAUCUGGUCGACCUCGCUGCACGACAGAAGAGGAAGACAGGCAGAUGAUUGCAUUUGUAAGGGAGCAUCCAAUAACAUCAUCAACAAUAGUUAAAAGAAAAACUAGCCUCCACAUAUCAAACUCCACCAUAAGACGUCGUUUGAGAGCAGAAGGUCUUGAAAGUAGAAUUCCUGCCACGAAGCCUUUCCUUACCGAAGUUCACAAAGAACAGCGACUUGGCUUCGCUCUUCAACACCUUCCUCUGGAGAGCAGUUUCUGGGAAAAUGUUAUCUGGUGCGAUGAGAAAACGUUUUAUGGCGGAGGCUCGAAUCUAUCCGAAGCACAGAUAUUUGAGGACUACGUUCCAAGUUCCAGAAGUUCGGAGGGUACUGGUUCCUUAGACUUAGAAGUUCUCAAAAGAUUCUUAUGA